AUGCGCAAGAGUUCGCACGCCUUCAGCCGGAGCCUUGGAACCUGCGGUUCAUCUGUCAGAGAGCUUGUGCCAAAGCUGCUCGAUUUCUUUCGAGCCACCUGGCUUGACUGGCUUGCCAUGAGUGCCGUUGGCGGUGUCAUCACAGCGCUCUGGUUCACUCACCCUGAUCUCAGCCAUGUCUUUCCGGUGGCAAGCGACGGCACGCUCUAUCGCCCGGACCUGGCCUACCCGCAUAUCAAGCCAGUGUUCUCUGCCGCCGCAGCCGGCGUCCUCUCAGCCCUCAUUCCGCUUGCCACGUUUCUCUUGGCCCAGUACUGGAUCCGCUCCUUCACUGACUUCGGCGCUGCUGUACUCGGUCUUGGGUAUAGCUUGGUGACGGGUACCUGCUUCCAGAUCAUUCUCAAAAAGAACAUCGGCGGCUUCCGUCCUCACUUUCUGGACGUUUGCCAGCCUCGACUGCCGCCUCAUGCCGGACAAGGCAGCGGAUUCCAGCAAAUCAUGUACCGAAUCGACCAGGUCUGUACUGGAGAGAAUCGAUGGGACAUCCGCAACGCCAUGGAGUCUUUCCCAUCUGGUCAUGCGGAGAUUGUGUUCGCGGCGUUCUGUUUCAUGGCCAUAUACCUCUUUACGCAUCUCAAGAUCACUGGCUGUGAGAGUGGUCCUAGUACGACCUUAGCACGCCAUGGCAGGUACUGGAAGAUGCUCCUCGUCGUCAUUCCAAUCGUCUUCGCGACCUAUCUCUCGAGCACGCUGGUUUCGGGGUAUCAGCACCAUGCGCACGACGUCAUCUUCGGUGCGCUGAUUGGCAUUAUGAUGGCGGCUUUCGGUUAUCGGAUGGUGUACAGAGGUAUUCUUUCGGAUGAGUGGAGUACAGUGCCGUAUCUGGAGCUACACGGUACGACGAAGAGAGAGCAGGCAGAGGGGUUAGAGACUGCGCCAGUAUGA